CCAUGUCUACCAGUAACAAAAAUAACAGGCAAAAACGACCGCGUAUAAGAAGAAACCCUAAUUUGGUGACAAAGGAAAUCAACAAUGAUCCACUUCCCAAUCUUCCUAUCGAUCUCGUCGCUCAAAUCUUCUGCAGGCUACCCGUGAAACUUCUGGUACAGCUCCGAUGCAUGUGCAAGUCAUGGAAUUCUCUAAUCUCCGAUCGCAGUUUCACCAGAAAGCACCUCAGCCUCUCAACCACUCGCCGUCUCCAUUACGCCAAAUACAUAAACAAACCAUGCGAGUUGAUUCACAAUUCUUACCCACUCGAUUCUGUUUUAACCAAUAUGUCCACUAAAUUCAAAGAGCCUCUCGUUACUUUGAACAGUGUUUAUGGUUGCUGUGACGGCAUCCUUUGUAUUGCCGUUAAACGUAAAGGUUUUGUUGUUCUGUGGAAUCCUUUUAUUAGAAAAUUCAAGGAAUCUCCUCCUUUUGAAACUAGCUGUGAAAUUGUUAACAAGGUUUAUGACACCUACGGCUUCGGCUAUGAUCGCGUUUCUGGGAAUUACAAAGUGGUUGUUCUUUACUACUCCGAACCUAACUUGCCUACCGUUACUACAGUUAAAAUUCAUACUAUGGGCACCGAUUUUUGGAAAACCAUUCCGAACUUUCCUAACGGAACACAUGUGUUUGAUGAGCAAACCGGAACACAUUUGAGAGGUACACUUAAUUGGAUUGCCUAUACUGAAAUUCGUCAACAAGGUCCGCUCUUCAUUGCUUCUUUCGAUUUGGGAAGGGAGUCUUAUCGGAAGCUUUUGCCUCCUGAUCACGAAGAGAUCAGUCAGCUUUACUUGUCAUUGGCUGUCUUGAGGGACUGCUUGUGCUUAAUUUCUGGUCAUCAUAUUUGGAUCAUGAAGGAAUAUGGAAUUCAAGACUCUUGGACCAAAUUGUUCUCAGUUUCAUACAUGCAACAUCCUACCAAGUGUUAUGUCUUGAACAAGGCAUUGUAUAUUUUUGAGGAUGAUCGACUGCUGCUCGAAACUCAAGAGGAUUGGAAAACCAAGUUGGUUGUUUAUGAUCCAAAGAAUGAUACUUUUAAGGUUACUAGGUUUAAAAACUACCUAAAUGUCUGUCUUGAUACUUUGAUUUCACCUUGUUCUUAAUGCUAGUUAUCGUUACCGGCUAUUUCAUGUAUUAUUUGUUCAUUUAUGUUUCUCAAAGACAAACUGUUGUUAAUUUAUGCUUAUAUGAAAUAGAAAUGUGGUCACUGACAUACAAAAAUUAUUCAAUUUUGCGUGUGUUUGGGUGUGACAUUAUGUUUGAAUUGGUGAAAUAGAACGCAAAGGAGCAGAAUGAAACACUGUGGAAAUGGAACAAAGACUAGGCUAGAAAGAAUUAUGAUUUCAUCAUUUAAACAAUUGUAUUUUAAUAUCGAUCAUAUGAUUACUAUAACUUUAAUUGCUAGCCAUUAUUAAAUCAAGUGA